AAAACACUAUUGUAAAAAAACACUAGUCCCCGAUCUGGAUGGGCCAAGUUUAGGGCACUUCUUCUUCUUCACACCAAGCUUGUCUCGCCGCCGCCACCGUUGCCAUCAACUAUCUCUCCGGUGACACUCUUUUCUCUCAAUCGGAACUAAAAAGGUAUCAAUGAAUCAAUAAACAAUAGCUUCAAUCACAAUCACAAUCACAAUCACAAUCACAAUCACAGCGUAGUUAUUUCACCAUGCUUUCUCGUUUAAUCCCCAAAAAACCCUCUCAUUUACGUCUCUUUUUCUCUCUUCAAUCCAAACAACAUAAUUUCGCUAAUUCACCACCCAUCAGUAAUCCUCAUUUCACCAUUUUUCCAAAACCCUUUUCCAGCAACAAUAACAACAACAACAACAACAACAACAAGGGAAAUGAUCCGUUUUCGAAUGUAUGGAAGAAUUUCGGGGAAGCCGAGGAAAAGUUCGAUAAUUUGUUUCCGGAAGAAAGUGGAAGCAUCGAUGAGGUGAAUCAUGUUGAAGGGGAGAGACAGGAGAGAGUAAGGAAGGAUGUUGAUGAGGAAAAAUGGUGGUUGGAAGAAAAGGGUAUUGAUAAUGAAAAUGAAAAUUCUUUAUUUAAAGGAAUCGAUGGCGAAACCGUGGAAAAAAGUAGUGAUUUUGGUGACCAUAUUGGUGUUGGAGUAGAGAAUGUUGAUCAACCUUGGAACUUGAAAGAGGAUACAGGUGAUGUUUUUGAUUUCAAAGAGGGUGAUAUGACUAAGGAGGAAAUUGGGGAACUUAAUGUUGUGGAGGGUGAAUCCAAAGAAGAGCUUGAGAAGCUUGAGAAGGAAGUGAAAGAUCUCACUGCUAUUCUUGAAGGACCAAAACGUGCUUUUGGGGAUUUGAUUACUGCUUCUGGAAUCACGGAAGAAAUGCUUGAAAGUUUGAUUGCGUUGAAAGAUUUUGAAGGGAUUGAAGGAUUGCCCCCUCUUAGUGACAUAGAAAAUAUCCGCUAUGAGAAGAAUACUAAAAAGUCCACCAGAGCUGAAAUUGAGCGUCUAAAGCAAGAGGAAGCGGCGAAAGCAAGAGUGAAACAGGUAGAUGAUAAAGGACGUGCUUAUGGAACAGGGAGGAGAAAGUGCAGUAUAGCACGUGUCUGGGUUCAGCCUGGUGACGGAAAAUUUAUGGUUAACGAUAAAGAAUUUGAUGUCUAUUUCCCUAUGCUUGAUCAUCGUGCUACUCUCCUUCGACCUUUCUCUGAGACAAAGACAUUGGGGCUCUGGGAUGUUUUGUGUACUGUGAAAGGUGGUGGUGUUUCAGGACAAGUUGGAGCUAUACGAUUGGGUAUUAGCAGGGCUUUGCAAAACUGGGAACCAAAUUUGCGACCUGCACUUCGAAGCGCCGGCUUCCUAACAAGGGAUUCAAGAGUGGUUGAAAGGAAAAAACCAGGAAAGGCCAAAGCAAGAAAGAGUUUCCAAUGGGUCAAGCGUUAAAAGAGUAUCAUUGUCUCUGGAUAGCAAUUUUUGUUUUGAAUAUUCACAAUCCUCAAUAACUUAAAAUUUAUUGUUCUUGUUCUGCAUCACAUGUGACAUAAACAAUGUUUUGGAUUUCAAGGACACUAAUGAUAGAAGAUUUUGUUCACCUUAGAUUUGUGUUAUGAGUCAUUCACCCUUUCAAAAGAGCUACUAGUUGCUAUUUUUUUUUAUAGUCCUAACUACAGAAUAAAUGUUAUAUUGUGAUCA